CCUGAACCGGAAGUAUUCAACUUUUGUUCAAUACAUUGGUGACAGGGCUGCUAAGGAAGUGGGGAGCAUGGCGCUCUCUUAAGGUGUCAACACUACUUAUGUGAUGUCAAUACAAUCUGGUCAAAACAAAUAUAUUUUAACCAAGUCUUGUGCAGACAAUAAUGCUAUGUCCUGUUGAAGGGACAUCACUAGUUUUAGUCGAAGACAAUACCCAGCCACAGCUGAGGAAAAUUCCCCUACAACAUGUCAGACAUAAUGUUAAACCUUGACACUUCUGGCAGCACUGGAACCUGUAAGGACUCAUUAGGAAACAACAAACACAAGGUGUUCAUCAAAAGGCGACGCUACUUGGAGAAAAAGGGUUACCUCAACAAGAAGCAGAACCAGCAAAAUCACAGAAAGAGAAAUACCCACCACGGGCCAUCUCCAUGGCAUGAUGGGGCCAGUCACUCAGCUCAAAACAGCACCACACACAAAAUCUCUGCUCGGUCGCAAAACUCACACAGCAAAAGCUCAAAUGGCGUACUUAGUUCAGAGCAUGCUACAGCCUCUCAUCCCAAGUUGGUAUCUUCUGCAAGCAGCUCCUCAUCCUUGACCAUCACUGUGAAGAGUUCUUGCAGUCCUGGGCAAAAUACUGCAACCUCCCCUCAGGGGGAACAAUCCCCACCCUCCAAGACUGUUGCCUUUUCUGCCCCAAUACUGGGUAGUUCAGACCCUCUUUGUAACCCACUGAAGUACCUUGCCAUGGACUGUGAGAUGGUCGGGACCGGCCCUAAGGGUCGCAACAGUGAGCUUGCGCGUUGUAGUAUUGUCUCCUAUAAUGGAGACGUUGUGUAUGACCGGUACAUCAAACCCACCAACCCUGUCACUGACUACCGGACCCGUUGGAGUGGCAUCUCCUGGCAUCAGCUGGUCAAGGCCAUGCCAUUUCAACACGCCAGGAAAGAGAUACUGAAGAUCCUGGCAGGGAAGGUUGUGAUUGGGCAUGCUGUCCACAAUGAUUUUAAGUCCCUAAGUUACAGUCACCCUGCUGUAUUGACUCGGGACACCUCCCGCAUCCCCCUUCUCAACCAAAAGGCCGGCUUCCUAGAGAACGAAGUUGCUUCUCUGAAGAGACUCACCAAGGCCCUGUUCAACCGCAACAUCCAGACUGGGAAGAAAGGGCACUCAUCUGUGGAGGAUGCAAAAGCCACCAUGGAACUAUACAAAGUUGUGGAGGUGGAUUGGGAGAGGACCUUGGCAUCCAAACAACAAAGCCAGUGAGAGUGUAUGGACUGAACUGUUAUGGAUGCUUCUUGUUCAUGGUUGUUUGACAUUCAGAUUGAAAAUUCUAUUGGGUCUUCCACUGUUCAUCACAGCCAUUUUGGUCUCUUUUUGUACUUUGUUUUAAAAACAGUUGCUUUGGGCUUGCAUUUGAUGAUUUUAUGGUAGCCUCUGCCACAAGAGGGCUGUUUAUUUCAGACAUUUCAAUUUUUAACCUUCAAUGAACUGAAAAUUAAGCAUAGAAUUGUCUCAAGUUCAUUUCAGACAUUUCAAUUCUUUGUUAAAAUGAGCAUAUCUCAGUAGAUCCUGUACAUGUCAACUUUUAAGGGAGAAAAUACAUAGAGGGAAUUUCUUUUAAACAUGCAUUGUAGUGGCAAAAAUUGAGAGAAAAAAAUAAAUAACAGUUGCAAAGUAUUAA